AUGACUGUUGAGCCGUACCGGGAAGAGAGCAAGAUGAAGGAGAUGAACGAGGAGAGGGGGAGAAAGGAGGGUUCCUUCAGAUGUCUGAAGGUGACGCUGGGUCUGGGUACCUUCCUGGGCUCAUUCCCCUUCUCCGUCACGGGUCCCGGCGUCACCGUCGCCUUCUCCUGGUGCUCUUUCGCGCUCCUCUGGACUCUUGUCCUCUUCGCUCUCUAUGCUGUCGACGCUGUCAUCUUCUUCUUCGAAUUGUCUCAAGGCAAGCAAGCUCAAACAGACGACCUAGAAGCGCAAGGUUCUGGCAUUUCGGCCGAGAUCAUCGCGAUCCAACGCGCCGCCCAACGGCUGUUCUACCUGACGGUGAUCGCGAGCGCGAUGGCCCGUAGGAAAAUCCUGGCCAGGACCAUCACCUCCGUCUGUCGUUUGGCCCGUCCCGACGUCAAGUUCCAACGCGACCUCCUUUGCGGCUACGUCGUCAUUCAGGCCAUCCUCCUUUCCACGUUCUUCGCCCUGAAUCGCGCCCAGUUCCCCAUCAUGUCCGUGUGCCAGUGGAUGUUUUUCCUCAUCCACAAGACGGUGACCACCAACGCUCUCGCUUUCUACGCCCCGCUCUACGCACUGCACGCUCGCGUCCUAGCUAUGAGCCUCCGCGACCUCAAGUUGGAUCUCGAGGAGUUUCGGGUGGAUUCCUCGCAUGCCCGCUCCCGUUUUCGAGAGAUUCGCGACGCUGUCCGGUCUCUCAACGAGGGCUUCGGCCUCGUGGUCGUCAUGCUUCACGGCUACAUCGCCUACACCCUCGUGGAGCAGCUUUACCUCAUGACAUCCCUCCAGGACACUGCAGAGUCUGUCGAACUGGCAAUUAAGAUCGGGUCGGCCUUCACCGGCGCCUCGAGGAUCGGGGUCGACGUCGCCAUCCUCCUCAUCAUCAACUGGCCCGCUCAACAAUUCCUCGAUCGGGACAAGGAACUGAGGGAAUACCUGGCGGACACGAACAGCAACAGAGAAACCGGCGGCUGGGGAGACCUGGGCUCGAUCGAGAAGAGUCACAGCAUGGUGCUCACCGGAGCGGGCUACCUCGACCUGGGCAAGCAUCUCAUCAUGAAGGUUUUGGGCUUGGUGGUGUCGUACGCGGUCCUGCUGGUUCAGUUCCGCCAGGCCGAGAUCGUGAGCGGUGCGAUCCGGUCAGACGGCCCUUGAGGGUCCCUCAAGGUCCGGCGAGUUCGUGGAUUCCGCAAUAGAUGUCGCUAGUGGGACUUUGAGUCGCCGCUGGACGCAAGUACUAUUGGUGUGCUUUUUCACUAUUGUUGUUCGUGUCCUAGUGACGUCAAUCUCGGUGGAGCAACGGG